UCUCUUUCUGAGGCGCUUUCCGGGGCUCCUGCCGGAAUCCUCCGCGGCCGGGGCUGCGUCCCCCGGGGAGACCCUGCCGAAGCCCCAGGCAUGGGGGAGCCCCUGGCUUCGAACAGAGACCCCCUUAGCUGAGCCGCCCAAGCGGUGCUGAACGCAUCCCGCCUGCACUGGGGCGAGGGCUGACGCUGGGACCGGGGCUUGUGGUUUUGGCCCUGGGCCCACCAAAACCACAUACCUUGCCUCAGCACGGGCAGGAGAUACCCACACCUGAAGAAUGGUGUUGGUGUGAAUUGAGUUCGCCGAGAGAUAACUUACACUGAAAGUGAGGUAGGUUUGCGUUGAUACUGGCAUGCUUUGUUAGACAGCAGCAAUUAGUGCCCGGGUAAUGACUGCAUGGAGCCACCUAAUGAAUACUAUCUACUGGUAAACCUAAGGUAAGAGUACUGGGGCAGAAACCAUGUACCAUGAAGUGGCUGCCAGUCACUCUUCAUGCGUCCCAUUAAAAACCUUCACCUUUUCACCCACAAGACAGUAAAUUUUAGCCUUUUAGGGCAAGAUAAUAUAAUUACUUGGGUGUUAAGUGAGGGUACUGCAUAAAAGAAAAGCACUGCUUCUAUAAACUCAUGUGAUAAUUGGGUUCAUACAUAGCUAUCGGAUGCUAACAUUGAUAACUGGGGUUUUUUCAACGGCCCUAUCUGUAACUGUUCUGUUAUUGUGCUUAAAGUAUGGAGUGUGUGGUCUUCUCCAACUUUGUCAUGUGAUGAGAAAAAGCAGAUGUGAUCAUAGGACUUACCAGCUGAAGUCUCAGAAAUUGAGAAGUGCUGUUGAUAUUGUAUGCAUCGGUGGCAUCACUUUAUCUGGUGGGUCAGAUUUUGCCCAGAUGUGCAGGAAAGGUAGAUGUGAUCUUUAAUGGAUAUGCAAGAGGAUGUUUAACUUGGGCAGAGUAGUAAAGGAUCAAAGUUUGUCUGAGGGUUGAGAUAAAGCAUGGCUGAAAUGGUCGGGGGAAUAGAAACGAGCUGACUUCAGCAUUUGUAACUGAAAACUAAUGAUACUCUUGCUAAUGAUUCUUCUUGGGAAGUGCUUUAUGCUUAAGCUUUGAGAAGUGUUUUUUAUGUGACAGUUGGAAGCUUUUAAUGUGCUGUUCUUACAUUGCAGUCAUUCAGGCUUGAGAGGGGAAAGAGAGAAAGAAAACAGCCAGUAUGUUAAGGAACGUAUCAGCCCAAUGCAAUGCUGAAGAGCAUGGGAUGUCCCCUAAGUAAUCCAUCCUAGUACAUGAACAUCUCCAUUUCCUUACCAUCACAGCUGUGCCAGCUGAUGCGUGCAGUGGGAAGAUGCCACUUGGCCAAUUUUAGUCCUAAGAAUUGCUGUUUCAUGACAUCUCUGUUUUGACAGGAUUAGGAUUUUCCAUGAACUAAACAAAGCAGCAGGUAGAAACAACCAAGUCAUGUGGAAAUCCAAAUCUACAGUGAAUGCAGUUGUGUUGCAUCUUUUGCAUCAGGUCAAAUAUGUAGGGAAGUUUAACAUUUUCUUCUAACUAAUCUUGGGGCUUUUUAACAUAUGGGCUAGUCAUGUUGCUCUUUGAGUCUUUACGGUAAUUUGGUAGCUACUCGCAGAUGUAGUGAAGUAUCGCCAGACAGAGCAUCUCGUAAGGACUAAGCUGCGUGCAAAUGUACUCUAUGUAUGUGUGAACAGUUGGGAAGAGCUACUUGACGAAGACGAGAUGCUUCGUGUGUAAGGAUUUUGGGUGAGGAUUGUCAGGCAUAUGUUGGUCGCCAUGGCCAGGCACAACCUCCAAAAUCCUGUCCCAACUUCUGCUGUGGAGAUUGCAUGUAUCGAUACUGUUGCUCUAAUGUGUUCUUAAAAUUUGAUGAACAACGACAAUUUCAGUGUAAUCUGCUUGAUGGAAGGACCUCUGACUCAAGCAACGUAAAUUACAUGCAGCUUUUUUCGGAUCCUGAUGAUUACAUUUCUUCUGGCCCCAGUUUUGGAACCCUUGUUGCGAUUGGAGUCACUCUUUGUGCGGUGAUUGUAAUUACUAUUAUUCUGUGCCUCACCUGUUCGUGUUGCUGUUUGUAUAAAGCAUGUCGAAGACCACGGCCUGUUGUGACCACCACUACUUCCACUACAGUGGUUCACGCUCCCUAUCCCCAACAACAGGGAGUGCCACCCAACUACCCAGCAGCCCCAUAUCAAGGAUAUCAGCCUGUGGCUAUCCAGCCACAACCGGGAAUGCCAGUAGCACCAUACCCUGCACAGUAUCCUCCCCCUUACCCCAUGCAGCCAUCAGGACCCCCAGCUUAUCAUGAAACGGUGGAAGCUGGUGCUGGAGCACCUUACCCAAUCAGCCAGCCCCCUUACAACCCUGCUUAUGUGGAUCCUCAGAAGCACACCUAUUGAAAAGAUCUUCUACUAUGCUUCUGCAUACAAAACUUUUUGAAGUAUAAUUUGUGCUGUUUACACCGUGCAACUGUAGUCUAUUUUUCUGGAAGAUGGCAAUCUUUUGUCUAAGUAAAGUGAAAGUUAAUUCAGUAUCUUUUUUUUAAUGCUUUGAGUAUGAGGAAGGAGUAUUUCUCUUGCAGAAGUGGUUAAUUUAUACCUCAAGCAAAUAGAAAAAGAGAUUUCGUUCUAUAUACAAUGAGAAAAAGGGGGAGUACUUCAGAAAUAAGAACCACAAUAACAUUUGCUGUGCAAUAAUUUUGAAAGGAAUGGUUAUUAUCAAACACCCAAAGCUGUGGCAAUCUUUUGUACAGUAUUAAAACAUAAAACCUUAACCUCUGAGAAACUACCUGAUAUAUGUUAUGUAUGUUCUGCCUGUUUUGAAGUUACUGUUGUUAGGUCAGCUACAAUGUAAUACAUUUCAUUGACCAUUCAAAAGGGAAUUUUCCUUUUUUGAAACACAUUUUCCUUCAGUAAGAGGUAGCAAAUCACAUUUAAUUGUCUUUGGACUAGUUGCAUUUUUCUGUGCUAAAUAGCAUGAGCUCAUUUUCUUGUUUUCUUUCCCAAUUUUAAGGCUUAAAAACUGUGCCUUCACUGGG